AUGCCGCUGGAGAAUCUGGAGGAGGAGGGUUUGGAGAAGAACCCAAACUUGGAACUGGCGCAGACGAAGUUCCUGCUGGGUCUUCGCGAGCACGCUGACGAUGCCCAUCUGAAGACCAAACUCCUAGACGCAAUCAAAGCCGAUAACAUGGCUCCGUUUUACGAAGAGGUUUGCAACGACCUGAAUUGGCCAGUGGAUGAGCCACUGCUUGCAACGAUGAAGGCACAUAAUGCAGAACAGUUAAAGAAACUCGACGAUUCCAUCGAGGAUGCUGAGAAAAACUUAGGCGAGAUGGAAGUUCGGGAGGCCAAUUUAAAGAAAUCUGAAUACCUCUGUCGAAUAGGGGACAAGGAAGGUGCAAUCUCAGCAUUUAGGAAAACCUAUGAUAAGACAGUAUCGUUAGGGCACAGAUUAGAUAUUGUAUUUCAUAAUAUUAGGAUCGGCUUGUUCUAUUUGGAUCACGAUCACAUCACCAGAAAUAUUGAGAAAGCUAAAAGUUUGAUAGAAGAAGGUGGCGAUUGGGACAGACGGAAUCGUUUGAAGGUUUAUCAAGGAGUAUAUUGCAUAGCGGUUCGUAAUUUCAAAGAGGCUGCAAACUUCUUUUUAGACACAAUUAGCACAUUUACGAGUUACGAACUUAUGGACUACAACACGUUCGUGAGAUACACAGUAUACUUAAGCAUGAUAAGUCUGCCGCGAAACGAACUGAGAGACAAAAUCAUUAAGGGAUCCGAGAUACUAGAGGUACUGCACAGUAACCAAGACGUCAAGGAUUACUUAUUCUCGUUGUACAAUUGUCAUUAUGCGGAUUUUUUCAAGAAUCUUGCGCACGUGGAAGGAUUGCUGCGUCGGGAUUACUUAAUAUUUCCUCACUAUCGAUAUUACGUUCGGGAGAUGCGAAUUCUCGCUUACACGCAACUAUUGGAAUCCUACCGAUCUUUAACCCUUCAGUAUAUGGCUGAGGCAUUUGGCGUCACGGUGGAAUAUAUUGAUCAGGAACUGUCGCGUUUCAUAGCAGCGGGCCGAUUACAUUGCAAAGUCGAUCGAGUCGGAGGUGUGGUCGAAACGAAUCGGCCAGACAGCAAGAAUUGGCAAUAUCAGGCAAUGGUGAAGCAGGGGGAUCUUCUACUCAACAGGGUGCAAAAAUUAUCGCGCGUUAUUAAUAUUUAAUUUUUCGUAUAUAUUUAUAUAAUCAGAGAGAUUAUAUGCUAUUGUGAAUGAAAAAGCGAUCAAGACUAAUCACAUGUGUCUAUUAUAUAUCUAUUUUAAAGAGUCUGUAUAUCACAAGUUUUAGCUGAAAUUUUGUAACAAAGAAAGCUAAAAGUGUCAGUUUGAUUUUGUAAACAAGAUACACGAAUAUUCCCUUUGCGGAAUAUGUAAUCUAA